AUGGCCAAUACAAACGGUGGCUAUACUACCGGAGCGGGCGGCAACGAAACAGAAGUGCGCCGAAGAAAUGUCACCAACUACGACACAGCCAACGGACAGGCUGUCUACAAGGUGGAAGCAGAGGACACGAAAAAACUCCAAAAGCCGCAGACCGGUUUACUUCAGUUCCUCGAUGAGUGGGAGUUUGUGAUCGCCCCGAUCAUCUUCACAGCCUUUGCCCUGUUCACGAGGCUGUGGAGGAUAGGGCUCUCUCCAAUCGUCACAUGGGACGAAGCACAUUUCGGCAAGUUUGGUUCCCACUACCUCAAACGAGAAUUCUACUUCGACGUCCACCCCCCAUUGGGAAAGAUGCUAGUUGGCCUGUCAGGGUACCUGGCCGGCUACAAUGGCUCGUUCGAGUUCAAGUCUGGCGAGACAUAUCCUGAGGAGGUGGACUACACGUUCAUGCGGGUGUUCAACGCCAUGUUCGGCGUUGUCACUGUUCCCCUGGCCUACUAUACUGCCAGAGAAUUGAACUUCAGACGUCCUGCCGUGUGGCUGGUCACUCUGAUGGUGUUGUGCGAAAACUCCUACGCCACGAUCUCACGAUUUAUUCUGCUCGACUCAAUGUUACUCUGCUUCACUUUCACCACUGUCCUUUGCUGGGCCCGAUUCCAUCGACUACAACACAAGAGCUUCUCCAUUGAGUGGUUCUUCUGGCUUUUCUUGACCGGUCUCAGCAUCGGAUGCGUCUGCAGUGUGAAGUGGGUGGGCUUGUUCGCGACGGCCUUGGUUGGUCUUUACACCGCGGAAGAUUUGUGGAACAAGUUUGGUGAUGUAAAGAUGCCCAAGGUCGAAUUGGCCGCCCACCUGGUCGCACGAGUGGUUGGUCUAAUCAUCAUUCCAAUGCUUGUGUACAUGUUCUCUUUCUACCUUCAUUUCCUGAUUCUGGAGAACUCCGGCCCUGGCGACGCUCAGAUGUCCUCGCUCUUUCAAGCAAAUCUUCGUGGCACAGAGGUGGGUAAGGAUUCACCAUUGGAAAUCGCCCUCGGCUCUAGAGUCACCAUCAAAAACAUGGGCUACGGUGGCGGCCUGCUUCACUCUCAUAUCCAGACAUACCCUGAGGGGAGUGGGCAACAGCAAGUCACCUGCUACCACCACAAGGAUGCCAACAAUGACUGGUUCUUCUGGCCCAACCGAACCCAAUCCGAGUUCGACCCAGAAGGACCCUUGAGCUUUGUCUCGGACAAGCAAGUCAUCCGGCUCAUCCAUGCCCAAACCGGCAGAAACCUACACUCGCAUGCAGUGGCAGCGCCGAUGACCAAGGCGGAUUGGGAAGUGUCUUGCUAUGGCAACAUCACCGUUGGGGACGAGAAAGAUCAUUGGCAGGUUGAGGUCGUCAGUGAUGCCGCCUCUUCUGACCGAUCCCGGAUUCGUACCUUGACCACGGCGUUCCGGCUCAAGCACACCGAGUUGGGCUGCUAUCUUCGAGCCGGGACUGUCAAUCUUCCUCAAUGGGGUUUCAAGCAGAUUGAGGUGACGUGCACCAAAAACAACCAUCCGCGGGAUGUGUACACCCAUUGGAACGUGGAAUCUCACGUCAACGACCGACUCCCUCCUGCUGAGGCAAAGAGUUACCGGUCACCCUUCUUGAAAGAUUUCAUUCAUCUUAAUGUCGCCAUGAUGACGUCCAACAAUGCUCUCGUCCCUGAUCCCGACAAACAAGAUGAUUUGGCAUCCCAGUUUUGGCAAUGGCCCAUCCUACAUGUGGGACUACGAAUGUGUUCUUGGGACGAUAACAUCACGAAGUACUUCUUACUCGGAAACCCCAUCGUCUACUGGGGAUCGACAGCCUCUUUGGGCGUUGCAGGCCUCAUUGUGUUAUGGUAUGUGAUCCGAUGGCAAAGAGGAUACAAGGAGUUGAGCCAGGGCGACAUCGACCAAAUCCACUAUUCGGGAAUAUAUCCCGUCAUUGGCUGGUUCUUCCACUACUUGCCUUUCGUCAUGAUGGGGCGUGUCACAUACGUCCACCAUUACUACCCGGCACUCUACUUCGCCAUCCUAGCAGCAGGAUUCUGCCUCGAUUGGACCACCCAGCGGCUGAACAAGAAGGCACGAUGGGGUGUCUAUCUUGCGCUGUAUGCUGUGGUCAUUGGAUUGUUUGUCUUGUUCAGUCCGAUCGUGUUCGGCAUGCAAGGGAGCAACCGCAAUUACGCCUAUCUCCGAUGGUUUGACCGAUGGAGGUUGAGCGACGCCCGUAUGGGCGAAAAGUGA